ACGAUUCCCUGGGUUGGAGACGGACCCGAUUACGUCCAGGGUUAUGGCGCCGAAGUCCUCGACUCGCAUGGUGAUGUGACUUCCUAUGCAAUCAGUUGCCUUGCCACCAAAACUGCCUGUCAGCCGUUCUCGCCCGAUCUGACAGUCAUUGCUGGACCUGGUACAUAUGAUAUGAUUGGCACUGGGGUUGCUUUUGACAUCAAGUCGGACUGCACGUUUAUAGGUGAGCCUACACGCACCUUGGCGACUUGUGUCCAAACAAUCUCAUACCAUAGCACUCCACGCGUCAUUACAUCCUCAAUUACUGUCACUGGAACCCAGAACUUGAUGACUGGAAUCUACGCUGCUAUGCUGCGCAUGACCGAAACUGGAAAGCCUACUACGACGGAGCAGUCUACCACAACCGAGGAACUUGCCACGACCGAGUUACCCGCUUCGACCGCUACUUCGAGCCUUGCUACCACCACUACUGAAAGCAGUACAAUGACGGAACCCUCGACUGCUGCUAGAAAUGAAACUCAAGCCUCAGAAGUGACUGGCAUCCAGAUCCCCCCUCGGCCUGGUAAUUCAACCAGUUAUUCGAACAGCACCGAGACCGUGACUGUGACGAUGAUUGUCACCGAGACCCCGGCAGCUUUUACUUCCAAGUGUGACUGUGAAUACCCUACUCAUGCACAGACGGACGAAACAGUGCUUUCAAGGAUCAAACCCAACGUGGGAAACACCAUCACGGCAAAGAGGGCAGCUAUGAUGCUGAUGGGUGCCAUUCUCGUUGUCAUUGUCUUUUGCAUCUGA